GUAGACAGAGAAGGAAGUAGACACUUCUCGAGCCCACCGCUUCGCCCAGACGCGCAGUGAGAAGUGACGGGGUGGUAAAAUGUGAGAACAUUUCAGCCUUUUCUGUUCGAUAACGAGCGUGCCAGAAACUCUCCUCCCUUUUCCCGGAGGGGGUUGAUGUGAACGCACGGGUUGCGUUCGCUUCUCGUCAGACGCUCACCAAGACCUCGCAGAUAUUCAAUCGUGACGGAUCCGUCCCUCCGCUCUACCACUCCUGCUUAAGAUUCCGCAGUUGACAAGACGUCGCUUUGCCCUCCGCCGCAACCUCCCUUCCUCUCUUCUGACUUAUUUUGCGCGGAAAACGGAAACCUGCCCGAUUUUUCUUUGGGAUUCCACCAAGUUUUGCAAUGACAGCUACCAAGGAGCAGCCGAAUCAGAGACCGAAUCAGCCGCAGCAGGAUGAGGACCUGGGUGGUGUGAGUCCUCCUCAGAGAAACUGGAAGGGGAUUGCCAUCGCUCUGCUGGUCAUCCUGGUGGUCUGCUCCCUCAUCACCAUGUCUGUCAUCCUGCUCACACCAGCUGACAACCAAGCGGGAAGUGACACUAAACUGACAGUGGAGGAUUUGUUCAAACCUGAGUUCAAGGUCCAUGACCCGGAAGCCAAAUGGAUCAACGACUCUGAAGUCAUCUACAGGAACAGCGAUGGCCACGUCAUCAAGUUCAACAUCCUCACAAAUGAAACUGAGAUUGUCCUGACAAACUCAACAUUUAUCAAUUUCAACGUGGCAAGGUAUUCUGUCUCCCCUGACCUGAAAUACGUUCUCUUCGCAUAUGAUGUGAAACAGGUUUACCGCCACUCCUACAUGGCCUCCUACAGCAUCUACAACAUUCACACACGGGAGGUUUGGGAGCUGGAUCCUCCUGAGGUGGUGAACUCAGUCCUGCAGUACGCUGCCUGGGGAGUGCAAGGCCAACAACUGAUCUACAUAUUUGAAAACAACAUCUACUAUCAAUCUGAUGUCAAGAGUAACUCUCUUAGGUUGACAUCUUCAGGGAAGGAAGGCAUCAUCUUCAAUGGGAUUGCUGACUGGCUCUAUGAAGAGGAGAUCCUCCAGACCCAUGUGGCUCACUGGUGGUCUCCUGAUGGAGAGAGGCUGGCCUUCCUGGUUCUCAAUGACACUCUUGUGCCAAACAUGGCUUUACCUCGCUUCACCGGCAUGACAUACCCAAAAGGAAAGCAGUACCCCUACCCAAAGGCUGGCCAACCCAACCCAGCAGUGAAGCUCUAUGUAGUGAAUCUUUACGGGCCGACGCACACGCUGGAGCUCAUGCCUCCAGAGACACUCAAGCUGCGGGAACAUUAUGUGACCAUGGUGAAGUGGAUCAGCAAGACAAAGACAUCUGUCAGGUGGUUGAACCGGGCCCAGAACAUUUCCAUCCUGACUGUGUGUGACACCACCACCGGAGCCUGCGUCACGAGGCACGAAGAAAGCUCUGAGCUAUGGCUCUCCAAGCAGACCCAAGAACCUGUAUUCUCAAAAGAUGGCAAUAGAUUCUUCCUGACGGUCCCGGUCAAACAAGGAGGACGUGGAGAAUUUCAUCACAUAGCUAUGUUCACCACACAGUUCAGAGCAGAUCAAAAUGAAGUCCGUCAUCUAACAUCAGGGAACUGGGAGGUGACCAAGAUCGUCGCCUACGAUGAGAACACUGACAACCUUUACUUCCUCAGCACCGAGGGUUCACCACGAAGACGCCAGCUCUUCAGCGUUAAAACCGUGGGUCUGUUCCCUCGACGGUGUUUAACAUGUGAGCUAAAUAAAGCUCACUGUCUGUUCUUUGAUGCUGACAUCAGCCCCGCAAACCAGCACAUUAUCCUCCACUGCAAAGGUCCUGGAGCUCCUUCUGUGAUCUUACACAGCCUCAACAAUUCAAAUUACUAUAUCCUUGAGAACAACUCUAUGCUGAAGGCUGCCUUGAAGUACAAAAGGAUCCAGCUGACUGAUUUCAGAACAGUUUCAAUGGAACAUUUUGAUUUACCUUUGAAGAUCUCUUACCCACCAGACUUCUCCGAAUCCCGCCACUAUGGACUGCUGUUGCUGGUUGACAGUGCCCCUGGUGGCCAGGCUGUCAGUGACCGUUUCUCAAUCAGCUGGGACUCCGUCCUGGUCAGUUCAGACAACGUGAUUGUCGCCCGCCUGGACGGCCGAGGCAGCGGCUUCCAGGGUCAGAGGAUCCUGCACGAAGUAUACCAGAGACUGGGAACUGUUGAUGUUCAGGACCAGAUUGCAGCAGUAGAGUACAUGAUGACAUUUCCAUACGUUGAUCGGACGCGAAUAGCAGUGUUUGGAAAGGGUUAUGGAGCAUACAUUACAUUAAUGAUGCUCAAGUCUACUGACAGCCUGUUUAAAUGUGCAUGUGCGAUGUCACCGGUGACUGACUGGAAGCUCUACGCGUCGGCGUUCUCUGAGCGAUACCUUGGCAUGCCAUUACGGGAUGACAGCAGAUAUCAGUUUUCCAGCGUGCUGCAGAACGUUCAAGCACUUAGGGAGCAGACACUGAUGCUGGUGCAUGGCACAGCAGAUGCCAACAUCCACUUUCAGCAUACUGCUGAGCUCAUCAAGAACCUUGUGAAAGUAGGAGCGAACUAUUCAAUGCAGAUCUACCCAGACGAGGGCCACUUCCUGUCUCAGCAGAGUCGCCAGCACCUCUAUGCCACACUGACCAGCUUCUACAGGGAGUGUCUAAAGGAGGAGCUGCUACCGCUGCCUGAUGACGAGGAGGAGGAGGAGGAGUAGAUGGGAGGCUUCGAGGGUCAGACCUUUGGCAGAAUUUCUAGGUUUUGCCGAAAUCAGUCAAGGCCUUCCGUGUUUGGACCAAGUGUUUAGCCAGAUAUGGACACAGCUAGAGCAGCUAAUGCUCUUAAAGUGUGUCCGUGUAUGUGUGUGUGUGUGUGAGAGAGAGAGACCGAGAGAGAGAGUGUGUGACUGCAUAUGUAUAGUGGUGAAAAGAUUAUUGAAGGACACAACAGUGACACCCACAUUGCCGGGACUUGAGACGGGAACUGCCCUCUAGCAUAAAGUCAUUUCGGUUUUUUGGGAUGCUCCGUUUCUCGGCAAAGCACACGGAAGACUGCCUCCGUCUUCGGCAGACUAUCUGAACUGCAGUCAUCCCCACUUAACCAAGUGCAUGGUUCUUUUACAACCCUUUUGGCUUCACUCAUUUUCAUCAUGUCAGUCUCCUUUGUGGUAGCACCUGGGGAAGAGAGGGCCACAGAUGUACGCUUUUGAUCUCACAUCUUCCUUCGGUUGUCGUAUCGUUGCACAAGGAAAUGCUCCAGUCAUUUGGGAAAAUGUUUAGUCACAUAAGUUCACCACAACCCGAGCGGAUCCUCGAUAAGUGCAAUUUCCCGCAGAAACCCUCCCUCCUCCAUCGCCCGCCCUACAUAGGUACAGUCUUUAGAGGUAACACUAUUGUACAGGGGUCUUGUGUAGACAUGUACAAUGCCUUACGAGGUUUAACAUACUGUAAUAUUACUUGCUGGCAGUGGUACUCAUCAAUUAGCAGUGUCAUGUUAAUCUAUGUCAACUCAGGUCCUUGAGACACAGCAUUACAGUCAGUUUAGAAGCUACAUUACACUAUGGCUGUAUGGCCACGAAUAAUUUAUAAAUUCUGGAUGAAGAUAGUGGAUAUUGGCCAUAUAGUAAUUUCAGUUUCAGGCCACACUGCAAAAGUUCUCCAUCUUAAUGUGUGAUGUAAUCGUGUAUCCUUAAAUCAAGUGAUGAAAUCUCUAAAUAGGUGUGAGAUCAUUUUUCCAGUGCAUCUCUGCCUGAUUAAGAGACAUUUGUCUUAUUUUGGGACUUAGAAGUGGGCAAGUCAGUGAAAAUAACUGUACUAAGAUGGACAAUUUUACAGUGUCAUUAAGGUGUUUGCAUGUCUACAGGGAAUGUGUCAAGUGUUGCCACAUUUUGUACAGUACAAUACAGCAGAGUGUGUACAUAGAUAUAUUUUUAAGAUGUCAGAUCUCAUAUGGGGAUGGAUUGAUUUGACCUGGAUGUCUUGUACUUUUUUUCCCUCCGUUUUUCUUUCAGCUGUUUCUUCUUUCUUCUUAGGAUGGUUUUGUAAUGCUUGUUCUCGUUCUUUUUUGCUGUUUUAAAAGGGAAAGGGUAGGGUCGAGGUUUCGGGGUUGUUGUGAUUGUCCUCUAGUGAUGAUUAUAAAUAAAUAAAUAAAAAAUAUGAAAAACUGG